UCACUUUCCUUUCUUCAUUUCCACCUCUUUCUCUCUCUUACUUUCUCUCUCCUCUUUUUGCUUCCGUCGCUUUCUCUUUCUAUCUCUCACCCAUCUCUUUAUCAAUUGAGUGAACUACAAGUGCCUCACUCUUACCCCAAAAAUCCCCAAAAUCAAAUCCUCUCCCAAAAGAAAAAGUAUUUUAAAAAAAGAAAUUGAACAAAUUUUUAUUUUCCUCAAAAAAAAAAGAAGAAAGAUUGCUAUUUCCAAAUGGAAAAGGAGCUAAAUUGCUCAAAUUUGAUGGAAAUGUCAUCAGAGCAGCUAACAAAUUGCUAUUUCCACCCCAAUUGGGAGAACUCAAAUGACCAAAAUGACCCUUUUGAGUCUGCCCUCAGCUCCAUUGUAUCAUCCCCUACAACCACAGGUGUAGCAGCAUCCAACGGUGGUGGUGGUGGUAUGAUGAUCAGGGAGCUCAUCGGACGGCUAGGAAGCAUCUGUGAUUCAGAAGGUGGUGAGGUUUCACCACAACAAUCCUGCAUUGCUGCUACAGGAAAUAACAGCACCAACAAUUCUUGUUACAGUACACCCUUGAAUUCUCCUCCCUCAAAAUUCAAUCUUUCUUCUCUUAUGAUGAUCAUGGGUAAUCAUAAUAAUAACAAUAAUAAUUACCCAAUUCAAUCAAAUUUGGGAUCUUUUAAUCCUGACCCUGGAUUUGUUGAAAGAGCUGCUAAAUUGUCCUGUUUUGGGAAUAAUUUAGCUGAUUUAGUGGGUGUUAAUUGUUCUAAUAAUAAUAAUAGUAGAUUAUUAGUUUCAAAGUUGGAAUCUGGGAAAUUAUCAAGGGUGAAUUCUGAUAAGAAAUUGGGUGAAAAUGUUGAAUUGGGUGAUUCAAGAGAAGGUUCUUCAGUUUCUGAGCAAAACCCAGGUGUUGAAAUUGGUGCCAAACCUCAAAUUGAUGCAACUUCUAGGAAAAGGAAGUCUGCUUCCAAGGCUAAAGUCAAGGAUACAUCUGUCAAAGAUGACAAGGUUGAGGUGGAAAAUGAGGAAACAAAUGCUAAAAGAAGCAAGAUUGAUGAAAAAGAAGGUAAAAAGGAACAAAAUACAGAGCAAAAUGCAGGUGAAUCAAAACCUGAGCCAUUUAAGGAUUACAUUCAUGUCAGAGCUAGAAGAGGCCAGGCUACUGAUAGUCACAGUCUUGCUGAAAGGGUUAGGAGAGAGAAAAUUAGUGAGAGAAUGAAGUUUCUACAAGAUCUUGUUCCUGGUUGUAACAAGGUUACAGGAAAAGCAACUGUUUUAGAUGAAAUCAUAAAUUAUGUUCAAUCAUUGCAACGCCAAGUUGAGUUUCUUUCCAUGAAAUUAGCUACUGUGAGUCCUAGGAUGGAGUUUAACAUGGAAGCUCUCCUGUCAAAGGAUAUGUUUCAAUCUAGAGGGUCAUCAGUACAACAACAGACAAUGUACCCAAUAGAUCACAAUUCAGCACAAGGAUUCCCUUUUGGUUACCAAUCUAACCAGCAAAUGUCACUGCCUUUACCAAAUGGGAUUGAGAAUCCCUUCUCUGCUAACCCGAUGAAUGGUACCGGGAUCCGGCGUAAUCCGAGCAUCCCUUUGCCCUCGAUCGAUGGAUUUGUUGAUUCUAUGACUCAGCUACCUACUCUUUGGGAGGAUGAUCUCCAAAGUCUUGUUCAAAUGGGAAUUGUCCAGAAUCAAACACAAAAUGUACCUUCAGGUACAAUUCCAAAUGGUCAAAUGAAAGUUGAGCUAUGACCCUUUUACACAUUUUCAUCUAAAAUUCGUUACAAUUCUACCAAGUUUGGCCUUCCCAUUUCAACAAGGCCAAACCAAACAUGUACUCCUUGUAUAUACAGAAAAUUGUUCAUUUGGACAGACGAUUCUACGAGCUAAGAUCGAGAUUCAAUCAAUCAACCCAUGACUCGAUAUUUCUCUCCCCAUUUCGGAGAUUGCCUUUGAUUAGCAGAUUCAAUUUUUUUUUCGAGAAUUCAUUAGACGAAAAACUCUCGAAAAUUUGUAUAAUUUAGAAACUAAUUGCUAUCUUUAGAGAUGGGAAAUUCUGUAUUAUUAUUACAUGUAAAAGAUAUAUUAGCAUAUAAGUUGUAGUUGUAGAGAAAUAGGGAUUUGAGUUGAAGAAGGUUACAGCCUUUCGACACGUAAAGCAUUCACUCCCAAAACAUUAUCUUGUAAUAGUAUCAACUUACUACAUUGUCUAUCCUAUUGUUUUUUGUGGCUCUAAUCCUCCUUAAUAAUAAAUGAAGGCAUUGCCAUUUUUGUUACAAA